CGAACCCUUUUGCAACAUCAUCAUAAACUAACCUCAAGACCUCAAACCCGCCUCACUAAAUAACUGCUUGCUUGCUCGCUGUCUGCUGUCUCUCUCGCCCGCGGCCAACUCGCUCUCACACACGAUCUGCCUGUCUCUCUUUCUCGCUGUCUCCUUCGUCGUCGCCCAAGCUCGCAGCUCGCCUCUUCACUCUCACUCUCACUCUCAGUCUCCUCCCUCAAGUCACCUCUUGUCCCGCCACUGACCGUCCAGAGUCAUCCGGCCUCGCUCCUUGGUCACUCUCCAGACGCUGCCUCGCGUUGAAACCAGGCCUUGGACGCCGUGUGCCCAAUUCACUUCCUGCUCGGCGACCUCAACCUCCCUCGCUUCGUCCGCCUUUUCUCCUCUCCUCUCCUCUCCUCUCCUCUCCUCCUCCCUUUCUCCCACCAACACAACCAUCCCUCGCACACCGCAAGUUGCCUCGACGUCCUCAGGGUCUUCUCCAGCUUCGUCCUCUCUCUCUUCCUCCCUCUCGACUCCAGAUUUAAAAAGCAAAGAGAGACCAGAGUUGUAGCUCAACAUGGUUGUUGCUACUAUCAAGUGUGUGGUCGUUGGUGACGGUGCCGUUGGAAAGACCUGCCUGUUGAUCUCAUACACUACCAACAAGUUCCCCUCUGAAUAUGUCCCAACUGUCUUUGAUAACUAUGCUGUGACAGUAAUGAUUGGAGAUGAGCCAUACACGCUGGGCCUCUUUGAUACCGCCGGUCAGGAGGAUUAUGACCGCCUACGCCCACUCUCCUACCCGCAAACCGAUGUCUUCCUCGUCUGCUUCUCGGUCACCUCGCCAGCUUCCUUUGAGAACGUACGCGAGAAAUGGUUCCCCGAGGUCCGCCACCACUGUCCAGGCGUCCCUUGUCUCAUCGUCGGCACCCAGACGGAUUUAAGAGAUGACCAGACCAUCCGGGAUAAGCUAAGCAAGCAGCGAAUGCAGCCAGUUCGCAAAGAGGACGGCGACCGCAUGGCCAAGGAGCUCGGAGCAGUCAAAUACGUCGAGUGCUCUGCCCUGACCCAGUACAAGCUCAAGGACGUCUUUGACGAGGUCAGUCUAAUUCGCUUUUUGAUACCUUUCCUCCUGAUCCAUAGUCUGUAUUUACCAACAUUGCUAACUCGAUCAAUCCAGGCCAUCGUUGCUGCCUUAGAGCCCAGUCCUCCAAAGAAAUCGAGCCGCUGUCUACUCUUGUAGAGUCACCCAGCCAGCACAGGGAGAAGGUUACAGUGCCAUCUGAUUUUGAUACAUCGGUUACAAUCUCGCGGACAAUGGGUGUUGAUCGGGCUCUUGCGUAUUUAUCCGCACAAUUCGCUAUUUAGAUGCUCCUAAACUGGUAUCUCACGAUGCUUUCCCUCCUCCCUCCCCCCUCCCCCAUCUUCUCCCUCCCUUCUUCUCCAAGGCUCCUUUUCCAUCUCUCUUUCUUUAAACAUCCUCACACCCAGAGUUACAUCACAAAUCACAUAAUGGGGGUUAUGGGCGGCGUGCUAAGGACAAUUUGAAUCGGAUGAAUCCGUUUUUAUGACUGUGCUUUUUUAAUUCUACUCUUUUUGUUCGUUUUUUUGCUUUGUUUCCCCCCUUUAUUCCUUACCUAUUAUCACCCGUCUGCGUAUCUUUGUUACUUGAUUUGCAAUAACCCUGGCUCUAUUUUCCCUUCCUUUUUUUCUUCUUCGCAUGCGGCUUGUCUGUCCCCUGCUUUUUACCUAUCCCCUCGAAAUUCGAGAUGCAUGCUAUGCUGGUUUGGGAGGGAACCUUCACGACCGAGAAAGGUGACAUGCCUGCCCUCCCCCUUCUGGUCUUGAUCUGUUUUACUAUUCCCCCUUUUUAUUAAUCCAAGAUGACAGAAACUCGCUGGGCCAAUACAACAAGUGUUUUUUCUCUUCCCUCCCCGAUUCCCUUGUGUUUUUUUCCCCUCGCUCUUCCUCUCUGUCUGCCUGCCCUGUCGAUUUCCCGUCUACUUUUUAUGAAGUUUAGAUUUUAUGAUGCGCAGAUGCCUUGAAUGA